GUCGUUCUUUUAUAAGCUAUAACUAUAAUUCUUGAAAACGGAGCGGUAAUUUUCCUUAUGAUGAGGUAUAUAUAUAUAUAGUGUAUAAUUUCGUGCAAGGCAUUCCCACGCUUAUCAUUACCAUGGAUGCAUUGAAAAAUAAGUAGCAAGCCGGUUUCGUGAUGUUUGGUUUAAUUGCUGUAUACGUUGAUAUUGGCGUGUUUUUAUGCAAAUAAAUAAAGUGUGGUAUUGUACAAACAAAUUUUUUUUAGAGUAAUAAUUACGAACAAAAUUCUUUUUUAUGGUAAACUUAUUCACAUGGCCAGCCAGUUCUAGCUAGGCAGGCAGGUGAUGUUAUAGUCUUGUUAUCAGAGUUGUCAAUUGGAUUCUUUUAGCUGUUUGCUUUAAUCCCAUGAGACAUUUGAAUAGAAGGGCUCGAGAGCUGAAAGAAGGAGAAACAUUAAAAAAGGGGACAAAAAUAGCUAUAUUAUUAUUUUGAAGAAUGGAAAAUAACUAUAUUAAUUUGUUAGAGUUAUAUAUAUAAGAAAAAAAAAAAGUUUGCUGAGAGUUAUGCUUGGCAGCUGAAUCCACCUGGCGCACAUGCAAGAGCCUUUGUUUAAUGGAAGAGGCUCCCUACUUUCUCAAUAUUGUGUUACGUACGUACGGCUUGUGAUGGAAGUGUUGAUUCUUCUAUUUCUCUCUUUCAAUGGAUCUUCUUGUAAGAACAAUGGUAAUUUUAUGGAAAGAUUCUUCUCAAAGCUAUUUUUCGUAAGUUCUCAAUCCUUAGACUUGAGGAUCUAUUUAAUUUAGAGGUUAAACCACCGCGCGUCACCGUAGUUGUAGUGGUGUUUAAAGAAAGAUAAUUGUUUGAAGGCUAUAAAAAAUUAAGAAGCUGAGAAGAAGAUUAUAAAUAAUACAAAAAUAUCACAAAUUAUAAUUAGUAACUUCUUAUUAGUUAUUUAAUUUAAUUUUUUUUAAAUUUAGAUCCCACGAUUAACUUUUGAUUACUAAUUAAUAGCUUUGGAUCGAAAAACCCAAGAAAGUCGAAUCAACUCAAAGCUAGCAUUAUCCUUGAUGCCAUAUCGGUACUUCCGAGCAGAGAUUUCAAGGAUUUCGGAGAUAUAUAUAUUCGAACUUACAUUACUGAGGAUCCCAGAUUCUGUUGCCCUCUUAAAGCUUUAAUAUCCUUGCAAUUUCUCACUAGCGUGUAUGAUCAUGUUUUUGAGUUCAAGAUGUAUACUAAAAUAGAGAAUACGGUUGGUUAGAUAUGGUUAGUAAGAUUUAACUUGUAGCAGGUAUCCGAGGACGAACAUUUCUAAGCAUGGGGGAAGCCAAAAAACUGGAACAUAGAGGGAGUCAAGGCAUCAUCGAGAUCAACAACAUCAUCUUCGGAUGGCAGGAAAUUUGGCAAACUUCAAGAUUUAGCUAGAUAGGUGGAGAGAGAGAAAGGGGAGAGAGAGGGAGGGAGGGGCAUAUUACUAACAAGGGGUUCGCAGCAGCGUCUUCACUUAGCAUCAGCACAGUGGUGACAACUGUUACAAGUCAUGGUAUGCAAUGCAAUGGCUAUUCCUUCCUCUCCAGCAACUGUAGCACAUAAGGAUAGGUUCAAAGAACACAAUGGCCUUUACCGUUCAAAUUCUGGCAAAGAUUUCUGCAACCGAGCCACCAUGCAGAGAUCCUAUUCAGAUAACCACCUCUGUUAUUCCGUUAACUACAUCCGUGCUGCAUCAUCACAACCAAAGCUUAAAAGCAGCCGUUCGGUUGGUAUCUUCCCUUUUCAGAUUUCUAGCUCCAUAAUCCCAGCAUCACUUCGAUCAUUUCUGUUUGACCCUGAGACAAGCAAAGACAUGAAUAUUGCCAAGGAUGGAGUUGACGGUUCAUUAAAGAAAGAUGAGAUCAUAGUGGACAGUUCAGAUGAGGGCAGUGCUAGCAAUGAACCAGGAGAGGUAAAGAGAGCGAAUUGGGUGGAGCGGAUUUACGAGAUCAGAAAUCAUUGGAGGAAUAGGCAACAGAAAGAGGACAUAUAUGGAGAAGAAGAGUUGUCUGAUGCCACCAAAAAUGGUGAUGGUAAUUGCGAGGAUGGCUGCAUGGUAGACUAUAACUCAGACGAGGAAGGAGGAGAAAUAAAAUAUGAUCGAGAAACAUUUUUAAGAUUUUUGGCUCCAGUUGGAUGGUCUGAUACCAAGCUACUCUCAAAGCUGGCUUUCUUGUGCAAUAUGGCUUAUGUUAUACAAGAGAUUAAGGCCAUGGAUUUGAGGAGAUAUUACGGCCUACACUUUGUCACAUCUUCUUUAGAAAAGAAAGCGGAGGCUGCUGCCGUGAAAGAGAAGCUUGAUCAUGACGCGACUCACGCCCCUGCAGCUACCCUUGUAGUUGCCAAAUCCAACUCAGGGAACACGGAGGAACCUGAGCAGAAUCACCCCAUCCGCACAUCUCUUGCUUAUGGGAUUGCUGCCUCAGCUGCAUCUUAUGUCCAAUCACGUGCACAGGGCCUUCUUUCUCAUGGCAUUCAACCUCAGCAGGAAGGUGAUUGUACUGAUUCAAGCAGUACUGGAAACCAACCAGUCAAGGACGGAGACCAGCCCGUUGAAGAUGGUGAGAGACCUCAGCGAGUAUAUAAAUCAGAGGUGGCUGCUUAUGUUGCAGCAUCAACUAUGACAGCGAUGGUUGCGGCCGGGGAGAAGGAAAAACAGGAGGCAGCAAGGGACCUUCAGUCACUCCACUCAGCACCCUGUGAAUGGUUUGUUUGUGACGAUGUAAGCACGUAUACACGCUGCUUUGUGAUUCAGGGAUCCGACUCCCUUGCAUCUUGGCAGGCAAACCUCCUAUUUGAACCCACUAAAUUUGAGGGUACAGAUGUGCUUGUUCACAGAGGAAUUUAUGAAGCGGCAAAGGGAAUAUAUGAACAGUUCAUGCCAGAAAUAAUGGAACAUUUGAACAAACAUGGAGAACGUGCUAAGCUUCAAUUUACUGGCCAUUCUCUUGGGGGUAGCCUCUCCCUUUUAGUCCACUUGAUGCUCCUGACCAGGAAGAUUGUCAAGACCUCUGCUCUUAGGCCAGUGGUCACUUUUGGCUCACCAUUUGUGUUCUGUGGAGGCCAAAAGAUCCUAAAUUAUUUGGGGUUAGAUGACAACCAUGUACACUGUGUAGUGAUGCAUAGAGAUAUUGUCCCAAGAGCUUUCUCCUGCAACUACCCCAACCAUGUGACACUAGUCCUCAAGCGAUUAAAUGGCUCCUUCCAGUCACACCCUUGUCUAACUAAAAAUAAAUUCCUGUACUCUCCACUUGGGAAAUUAUUCAUACUCCAACCUGAUGAGAAGUCAUCUCCUCCACACCCUUUACUCCCUCCAGGAAGUGCACUGUAUGCUUUUGAUAGAACCCAACACAGGUUCGCUGCAAGUGCCAUAAAGUCAUUCCUGAAUUGUCCCCACCCACUGGAAACUCUUAGCGAUCCCACAGCCUAUGGCUCGGAAGGUACAAUUCUAAGAGACCAUGACUCGAGCAACUACCUAAAGGCAGUGAACAAGGUUCUAAGGCAAAACUCAAAGAUGGUUGGUUGGAAAGUACAAGAAUGGGGGAAUCAAUUGUGGCCAUUGCUUGCCUCGCCAUCUCCACACUUAUGGAACCACGAAAACACUUUGGAAAGAAGUAUGUUUGGCACCAAGAAGGCCAUGACUGGUGUGUAAAGAAAUUUUGCAGGGUUCUCCCCUGGUUAGAUAUACAUGAGACAAUGAAUAUAUGUACAGCCGAUAAGCUCUUGUAUAUGUAGUUAUCAUUCAUCAUCAUUGACUAACACCUUAAUGAAAUCCAAUAUUUCUUGUGGCAAA